UUCUCUCUUUUUUUAAACUUUGUCCGAAAUGCCUCUUCUGGAACGCGACACGCUGGUUCUGGUGACCGCCGCCAGCUCGUACACCGGUGCCAACAUCGUCCUGGCACUGUUGUCCGAAGGCUACAAAGUACGAGCAGCAGUCCGUACAGAGCCGAAAGCAGACGCUCUCAAACAACAAUUGCAACGUGCUGCAGGCGAUCGCAUCAGCGCAUUGAGCUUCACCCUCGUAGGGGACGGUGCUCUGCAUGGGGCCUACGAUGAGGCUUGUCGCGGGGUCAGCGGUAUUAUCCAUGUGGCGGCGCCGCUCCCCUUUCCAUGUGAGAACAUCGGCGAGAAGAUCCUGCAAAAGGGGGUCGACAUGGUUCUAUCUGUGCUUGCUUCCUCCACCAAGGCUCGCACCGUCAAGCGCGUGGUGCUUACUGGGAGUGCCGACAGUCUCUUCGACUGGGGCAAAGGUCUUUUCCAUGAUCAUACCUACAACGGCAGCGAGUGGACACCUUCCACGUGGGAAGAAGCAGAGAAAGGCCAGACCUUCUUGGACAUUCUCCCUGCUGCCAAAAAGUACAGCGAAAAGGCGGCAUGGGAGUAUGUACAGAACAACAAGGAGGCCAUUGCCUAUGAUCUCAUCUCCAUUCUUCCAACGGUGACCUUGGGCCCCUAUGCCGGAGACAUCCACAGCAUCAAGGAGAUUGGAGGCUCCGCCUUCUUUGUAGUCUACAAAGCCCAAAAGAGCCAGACGGAUGACGAGAUGGGACCGACCAUCAUCCCCCACGCAGUUGACGUGCGAGACGUUGCACUUGCCCACGUACGAGCGCUCGAAAGGGGACAAGGUGGCAAAAGGUACAUUAUCAGUGCUGAAUGCUUCGACAAUGAUCAGAUUCUCCACACCCUCGCCGACAAGGGUGUCUUGAAGCGAAAGGUCGAAGCAGAAAAGGUCCAUGCAAGCUCAAAGGGCUAUUUCCAACUCGACAGUAGCGAUGGUGUACGAGACCUUCACCUCACGUACCGGAAGUUGGACGAGACCCUGAUGGAUACGGUCCGGCAAUUUGAGCAGCUCAAAGACAAGUGAAACUUGUGUGCUAGUCCUCGAACCAAAAUUCGUUAGCUGCUCCACUUUUCUUUGCUAAUUGAAUGAUCUUUGUGCCC